AUGGGUCGUGCCACCCUUUUCUCCGCACUUGCUCUUCUUGUUGGUCAUGUUCUGCAAGCGACCGCUAUCCCAUCCACUCUUCCGCAAGCCGAUACUCUCAAUCAGGUGGUUUUUAGCGACCCAUAUCAAGACCAAUCUGUUUCAUCGAUAGCGACGGAAGACAAUGUCCAACACAGCGAUGCCAUCCACAUCGGCAACCCCGAGAAUAUGCGAGCACCAUCCUGGUUCACCUCGACCCUCAUGGCCCGUCGCCUCCUAGCCCUCUCAACAACGGGCACCGUCUCGACCAUCUUCCCCGACCCGCUCCCCGGCAACUCCCACGCGCCCGCCUCCGUGGCCGGUCUCCCCAUCAGCCUCCCAGAGUACAUUGCCGACUGCGACGAAUACCUCCCCGCAGACGUCAGCAACGGCGGCGACGGCAACCCGACCUUUCUCGCCCUCCGCGUCUCAACAACCUUCCGCAACACCGCCGCCGGCUCAAAUAUCAGCCUCGCAAUCGACUGGUGGGACCACUUGAACCAGACCCAGCCCGUCGCGCCCGGGUUCCCCCCUAGCGAAGCAGGUCUCCCGCGCGUCACGCUGAUUGGGUACGUGGAGCCGUUUGAUACACCUGUGCGGGGGGAUACGGAGGCAGCGCUGGAGGAGUGCUAUCUGCGCGCGCAUCCGGAUGCGAGUGUCUGGUUGCCAGGGAAGCCUGGGGCGCCGCAUUCGAGCUACUGGGCGAAGAUGGUAGUGGAGCAGGUGUAUUGGAUAGGCGGGUUUGGGGGCUUGCAGCAGAUUGGGUGGAUGAAUGCUACUGAGUGGAAGGGGAUCCGGCGUGUGGGGAGUCUGCCUGGUGUUGGGGAUGGAAGGGGAUGGGAGGAUGUGAGACUUCCUGGGGAGAAGGAGUAA